UCAUCCACACGAUUUGCCAUUGUGCUCUUAUUAUUACAAAACCACCCGUGUAGGUAAAGCACAAAGGAAUUUUACAUCAAAGACGUCCCCGAAAGUACCAUCUAACGCUAAGUGAUCAAUGCUAACGAUACCUCAUGGACGCGUGCCCAAUCUGGUCAAUGUUACGUCGAUCUGUCCUGGAGUACAGAUGAAGGCAAACUAUUUGAGGAGUAUGUGAUUUUCUAAAGUGCACAGCAAGAGGAAAAUGGUAAAUGACGCACAAGUACAGUCGCCACCAAAUUUGGUUGUGCGUGAAGAGGACGAACGCACAAACGAUGCGUGCAAUGUAAAUAGACCCGCGGCAAGAUUGGAGUUUCAGGGAAUUCUGUGGACAUGCGGUCUGAGGGAAAUCUGUUUAGCUGCUCUUUGGCUUCCAUUAGGUGCUUUAAUAUUUUGUUACGUGACAGCUUCUAUAUUUCAAGCAGAUGACAUACACGAAACGCAUUGUAGGGUUUACAAUGUAGUACCUUCAAUAAGUGCGAUUACGGGCAUCAGCCCGCAAAGAUACGUGUGGAGGAUAUGCGUCGCGUUCCACCUCGGACCAAGAUUGUUGAUAGGAUCCCUGUACUACAACUACCACAAGGAACGCACUGCGUAUAUCGUCGACGAAAAGACUCGAGAAUUAGCGGUAAAGCUGGGCGAAGCGUGCUACUGGCUCAAUUUUAUAGAGUUGUUUGCGCUCACCGGAGUGACGUACGUUUCCAAUAGGGAAAACUAUUUCAUUCACGAGAAGAUCUUCAUAGUGUUCAUGAUAGUGGCGCUCCUUCACAUGCUAUGCCGAGCCCGCGUCGGCUGCAUCGGCAGCGACGUGGUUGAGCCAGUUCGGACUAACAAGUUCGUCUGGACUCUGUUCUACGUGGCCAUAGCCGCUACAGUGGGGCUGAUCAUAUUCUUCCUGCGGCACAGGCUGCUUUGCCGCCCUUUAGCGUUCACCUGGUUCUCCGUUUGCGAGUACAUCCUAGCGACCGCCAACAUGGCGUUCCACGCGCUCAUCGUGCGCGACCUGCCGCUGCAUCAGCUGCAGGUGUCGUGCCCCACGCACAGUAAGGACAACUAGGCGGCAAUAUGGCUGCUACGGUCGUUGUGCAAUGGUCAGUUAUUUUCGAAUUUCGAAUCACAUUGUUCGAUUAUUACCUAUUUCUUUUGUUUUUUUCGCAAUGGUCAGGAAUUUCAACGAAAUUAUAAUGUUCGAUUAUUUCUUUUGUUUCUUCUUUUUUAUUCAAAUCAGAUAGCCAGCCAGUAUCGAUGUGUUGUUUGAGUGCCACUAUUGAG